GUUCAGAACAGUUGAUGGGAAGUUGAACAACCAACCUGAGUUUACCCUUCUCCAAAGUUUGCAAGUCAGUUUUUGAAAGUUUAAACACAUAAAAAUGUGCAUUUUGAGAGAAAAAAAUAGUAAUAAUAGUAAUAAUUUAUUAUUUAUACCCCACCCAUCUGGCUGGGUUUCCUCAGCCACUCUGGGCAGCUCGCAACAGAAUAUUAAAAACAUGAUAAAUUUACAAAUACAUACUUAAUCACACAUAUAAAUGCACACUUGCUUUUAAAUUCAGGCUGAUUUUUUAAACAACAACAAGCAUACAGAGAAGCCGUUGGUUUGGGUCCACCUUCAGAGCAAAAGAAAACAAGCUUGCUCUAUCUUCCAUGUGACAGCCCUUUAAAUAUUUCUUCUUUAAAAAUCUUCUUAUCCAGGCUAAACAUAGCCAACUCCAGGCUAAACAUACCCAACUCCCACAACCUCAUAACCCUUGAUUCCUUCCAAACCCUUGAUCAUCUCUGUCACCCUCUGCACACAUCUCAGCUUGUCGAUAUCCAUCUUAAAUUGUGGCGCCCAGAACUGAACAUGGUUGGAUGGCCAUCUGCCUUGUAUGAUUUAGUUGAGAUUCCUGCAUUGCAGGGGUUUGGACCAGAAGGCCCUCGGGACCCCUUCCAACUCUACAAUGCUAGGAUUCUGUGAAGAGGAAGUCUAGUCAGACGGUGAAAAGAAGCAAAAAGCCAGUGCAGCAGUUUUAAAGAGGAAUGUAUUCUAUGGCCUGAAAGCAGAGAAAUGCAACUAUUUCAAACACGAGUCAUUGUGGGUAAAAUUGUGUAAGAUGGACGAAUAGUCUGAUUCAACAUAAGGAAACCUCUGAGGUGCUUGCAUUUGUUUUGUUUUUACUUCAGAGUAGUUUAUUUAUUUUAUAUUAUCUCCUCUAUGAAUCACUUCCCAUGAAACACCCUGAAGCAAUUUAACAGCGAUAUCGUCAACAAGAAAAAACAUAUGUAUAAAACAAUUUCAGAUCCAAUACAUGAAUGGAUAGGAUUUUUAAAAAGGUCUUUAGCAGGUGAUGGAUGCUUUAGCCGAGAUCCCUGUAUGGCAGGGGGUUGGACUAGGUGACCUUUGGGGUCCCUUCCAACUCUACAAUUUAUUAUUCCAAAAGGUAGAUGCCACCACACUAAAAGCCUACUGCCUACAUUAUACGUGCUGGUGAGAUGGCAUCGGCAGGAAGCCUUCUGCAGAGCACAGUGGUUGGUUGGGUACAUAUGAAUGGGCGAUGCAAUAUUUUAGGUGCAAAGACCUUUGACCCUCCGUGGUCCCCUCUUGGAGCUACCCUUCUGCAUGCGAGCCAUGAAAUCACAACCAGCUCUGUGGACCUCCCUUAUGACAUCACUGGAGAGUUCUUUUCUUGGGCGUGGUUCUUCUCCAGUGGCUUCCUAUCCCCACUCAGAAGGCUGGGCAUAAUGCUUACCAUACAUUUCCUGCUCCUCUGGCUAGCCUUUUCUGCACAGGCCACAGCUUGCCUUCUCUGCUUCACCACCCAACGAAAACGUGCCCGCGUCUGCCAACACUUCUUUGGCCACCGGGUUUCCCAGCAUGGAAACUGCCAGCCGAUUAUGGAAAGGGCCUUUGCGCGUUUUGCCAAAACCCAGGUGGAUGCGUCCGAAAUUGAGAAGCUGAAGGAUAUAUUUGGCAGAAUGAUCUUUUUCCUGGAGGAGAAAAGCAUGGCGAAGGUGCCUUAUCCCCUGGCAGUUAAAGAAGCUGAGAAGCAGGUUGAAAAAGAGAUGGCGCAGCUCAAAGCAGCUCCAGCCUGCAUCCCACCGUGUGGGUUCCAGAAAGAGGCUCGCCAAUACCGAUGCUCGUCUUGCACCAUGGUGGACUGCUCGCUGCCCAUCGAUUGCCCGAUUCAGGAUGUGCAUAAAUCUGAAGGGGACGUGACACUUCUCAGCUGCGGAGUUAAGUUUGAGAUUCCUGAAGACGCAACCUUCCGAUGGAAAUUUGCCAAGGAAAUCAGAACCAACAAAGUUUUCCUCUUCCAAGACCUGAACUUUGGGUUCAAUCCUUCCCUCCUUAUCCGCCCCACCCUGGGAUCUCACCAUGGCACUUUCGCCUGCCAGAUCGCCGGGGAGGACGGGGUGCUGGUCAGGAAGUUCUUCUACCUCAACGUGACGGAGAAGAGACUUCAUCUAGAGAAAGAGUUGCAGGAGAUGUUCAAAGCCAUCUUGAACCCCCCGCCGAUGGUAGAGGUUGCGGGCGAAACAUGGGGAGAGGAGGUGCAGACCAACCUAACCGACUCAGAGAUGCCAUCCUUGGAAGAGAUUCUCUCUGGGCCAGACUUCCUCCACAAGAAGGUCGUUGUCUUCCUCAUUGUGGGGAUAGCCAUGCUCUCAACGCUGGCCACUAUGAUAGCAAUGACAAUUUAUCGCUGGGCUACAGACAUCAAACUGUGAAUUGGGAGGAACUUCACAGAACAUUCCUCCCUUCCCCUCUACCAACCCCUUCUUUUUGCUGUGCCUUGGUAAGGACUGUACAACGAUGACAUCACCAUUACGACACAAUUAAAAGAAUAAUAAUAAUCCAGGUCACACAUUGGAACUUCUAA